AGGCCGCUGUUUACCCACUAUUCCUCUCAGCACCAUGGCCGGCUGAGUGAUGCCUCGGACAGACUGGCUAUUCGCGGCCGUGUGGAUGUGUGUUUCUGUUAUGGUGGCCACCCGAUAACAUAGACCAUAAACUGUGCCUUUACAGCGGUGAACGUGCGGCUAUGACCGAGCGCGGGGGACGCAGUGUCAGAUUUCUGUCCUGCUUUUUGCUCUCCUUUGUUCCUCUCUCCAGCUCCACCCAUGAUGUGACGGCAGGUGGCUCCAGAAAAACAGUGGACAGCCAAGUGCCUGUACAUCAGCUCAUCGCUCUCCGUGAUGUCGUAUUUGUGAUUCAGAGCCAGAGGAACUCCUACCACGCCCAGAGGGCAGAGCAGAGGAGAGCUCAUAUAUUCAGCCAAUCACAGAGCCUGAAACAGGGCUCACCAGAUGUCGUGUUUCUCCACGAGCUGUCAGAAUACGAUGGAAACUGGGGGAUUCUUCCUGCGUUGCCUCGGCUGGCUGAAGGCUACUGCCCGAGUUCGUCAUGGAUCUUCUUCCUGGAGGAGGAGACUGUGGUGGAUUUGGCCAGACUGCUGGGGGUGCUCAGCAAAUUCAGCUCGGGCAGGGAGUGGUUUCUGGGAAGGGCCCUGUAUGAUGCUGAAGCAACUAUCAUCCACCACUACGCAUUUUCGGACGAGCCGGCUGGUUUCGGCUACCCCGACUUCAUUGCUGGCUGGGCCCUCAGCUGCCCGCUGGUCAAGCGAUUAGCUGACUAUGUGAAACACGAGCCGCCCAAGUCGGAUUUCACCAUUGACCUUAAACACGAGAUUGCUCUGUAUAUCUGGGAGGAAGGAAGAGGACCUGCUUUGACUGAUGUUGGCGAGUUCUGCUCAGAACUGCAUGGAUCUCCCAACACCAGCCACUGUGCUUCUACUGUCAACACUUACCUGCCCAGCUGCGGGAACCCAGUGGAGAAAGAGGACCUCUUUGUUGCAGUGAAGACCUGUCAGAAAUUCCACCAUGAUAGAGUGCCAGUCGUGAAGAAAACGUGGGCGAAAGAUGCGGCGCUGCUGGAGUUUUACAGUGAUGUCACCGACCCAGCCAUCCCCACCAUUGACCUGGGAGUGCCCAACACAGAGAGGGGGCACUGCGGCAAGACGUUUGCCGUCAUGAGGAGAUUCGCUAGCGGAGAUGUGACUCGAGCGCCGUGGCUGCUUUUAGUGGACGACGACACGUUGAUCAGCUUGCCCAGACUACGGAGGCUCCUGCACUGCUAUGACCCCAGCGAGGCAGUCAGCGUCGGAGAGCGCUACGGCUACGGGCUCAGCCAGGGCGGCUACAGCUAUAUCACCGGCGGAGGAGGGAUGGUGUUCAGCAGAGAGGCAGUGCAGAGGAUCCUCUCCAGUGGCUGUGCCUGUUAUAGUCCAGACGCUCCAGAUGACAUGGUGUUAGGGAUGUGCCUCAAUACUUUAGGACUAUCAGUCACACACAGCCCCCAAUUUCACCAGGCCCGUCCAGACGAUUACCCCAAAGAGGUCCUGAUCCGCCAGAGCCCAAUCUCCUUCCACAAACACUGGAACGUCGAUCCGGUUGCCGUGUACCAGCAGUGGCUGAUGGACACUACGGAGCCAUUUCAGCGUCUGUUAGGGAGAGAGUUCAGGCAGGAACUUUAAGUGGGUUUGUAAACGUUGUGAGCAUAAAGUUUUGGAAAAUGAUGAUUUUAGUUGUACUUUUAACUUUAGACCUGGCAGUCAUUCAGCAAUCCAUUCAGCCAAUCAUGUGGGAGCAGCGCAGCACUUAAAACCAUGCAGACGCAGGUCGAGAGCUUCAGUCAUUGUUCACAUUAGUGAUGCACAGUCACAGUCGGAAGUCAUCAGUCAGUCAUUGUUUUCAUUUCCACAGAUCUGGUUUGUACUUUUAUAAUGUAAGUCAGGUAACUUUCAAUGCUGCUGUCAUGCCUGCACUAAAAUGUCGAAGCAUAAUUAUUCAUGACUAAUUGUGCUAAACAGCCCGUUCCCUCUUCAUUUGGCGUUUCAUGUUAAAGUGGCAGCUAAUUUAAAAUACAGCAUAAAUGCCAGUUUAGCUCAUUAAAGAGCACAUAAUGGUGUUUAUAGAGCAAGUUUGGAUAAUAAAUAGUGACAGAAGUGUGCUAAUGCGUUUCAUUCAUUCAUUUACCUCCACAUACUGUGUGCUUAGGAUGAAAUAAAGGGCUUAUAAAAAUCAGGCAAAAAAUGGCCAUCGGCCAAUUGGCUGUACAUAAAUGGAAUCUGUGAGAGAAGUUCAUGAUUAGUGCAUUUCUAGUUCACAUCAAUCAACAGAAUGGUGGGGAAAAUGUGAACCAAUUGACUUUGAGUGGCAUGGUUGUCGGUGCGGGACUGUAGUUCAUCCUUUGUCAGGAGCAGUUUGUCAGCUACCCGUUAUCCCAGUAGUCACCAACGCUCCUUCUGGUGAUCUCCUUUCCUGCAGCCUUCGGUUCCAAUCUAAAAUGCCACCUUCCAUCUGAUCCAUCCAACACUAAUCCAUUAGAUCCAGCCAGUCAAGGCCUGAAGAAGUUAGAUUGAGGUUGGAGGUCCAGGGUUGGUGACCACUGCACUCUACCCCAUUCCUCAGGUUAGGUUCUGACCACGGGUUAUUUGGGUAGUGGACCAUUCUCCCAGCACUGACUUUGACUCGAUGCAUUAGAAGCAUGCGUGAUGCUUGUAUUAGUGGUUUUGUCACAGAAUUUUUUUUGACGCUGAUCCAUUGGCCAAAAUUAUCCAGCCAAAAGUGAUUCUCUGGUCAGAAACUGACCACUGGGCAAGUGCAUAGUGUGCAUCAAAAGAUGUGCUGGAGUUUCUAACUAUACACCAGCAAGGUGAACCUUCAAAUGAAGUGUUUCUAAUAAAGUGGCCAGGAAAAAGUCAAUGCACUAGAGAACACCUGCACUGCACCAUCAGCAUAUGAAUCCAUUAACAGGCUGUUUGUGAACUUUAUGCAGGCCAGGUCUGUUAGAGCUGAACUUACAGGUCAGGCUUGUAUUUUUUUAAAACUGAUGAUAACGCCGUCUAGUUUUAUCUCCAUUAAGCUUCAGGCUCAUUACCAUUGUGCGGUGCAGUAGCUCUUAAACGCUUUGUCCAGAGGAAGCUGAUGUGCUCUGCUUUAAUGGGCUUCAUUUGCAUUUUUUUUGCUCAUCUCCAUUUUGCUGCUACGUUUCACUCAGUGUACGUGUCAUUAAAGAGGAAAGUCAUUGAGAUGUAAAUAAAGUCUAACGAUCGAAAACGAAA